AUGAAGGACGUGAAAAUUGAAGAUUGCGAGGCCGAAGCAGUAUAUCCUUUGAUAUCUGCUGAAUCAAAUUCACUUUUCGCUUUGAUGUGGACUCAGAACCUUGCAGCUUUGGCUGCUGGAACAGGCACGAAUGCUUCAACUAAUUCAUUUAUGCAGCCGUUGUUGAAUUCAACAUCGGGAACUUUGCAACAGCUCAAUCCGUUCUUGCAAACACUUGCCGUACAAUCUGGAAUUGGUUUUUCCCCCAAAACGAAUAUGGCUGUCGCAUUUCCUUCCACUAAAGAGGUUGAAGGCACAGAUAAAGUUCUAUGCCGCAAUACAGCUUCAACUGGAAGCGGAAAUGAGCAGGAGGCGAAAAGAAUACGUCUUUCUUCCCACUCAUUGAAGCCCUCUACAUCUCAACAUAUCAACACGGUUUCAGCUGUUGGUGGUGGUGUAUCUGGUAGUAACGGUGAUAUUACAGCAGAGGAUGUGAAUUGUUUGCGAAAGCUAUUAGAAAUCUUGUGGUUUAUAUUCGUAAGUCUUGUGAUACGGCAAAGCAAAAACAUUGGAUCUUUGAGAAGAUUUAUCACAUGUUUACGACGGUGUUUUCAAUCUUGUUUCCAGUGCUUCACAUCGUUAACAAUUACGAUUCUGUAUUCAUUCUAUGGAGGUAUUUCAAGUCCAUCGGGCACCACAUUUGGCUCAUCCUGUGGUGCUUUUGAUUCAUUUAGUGGUAUUGGCAGCACAGGAAUCACACCACAACAAAAUACUAGUUACGCUGGUGUUAUGAAUUUACCACAACAGUUACCUUUUUUAAAUAUUAUUGGUGAGCAGCAGCCACUUACCAGAGAAGUAAUGCAAGAUUAUCUGAAUAAUCGUCAAAAAUAUGAUUGUAUUGUUAGUAUAUUUCAUGCUAAAGUGGCGCAGAAAUCUUACGGAAAUGAAAAAAGAUUUUUCUGUCCUCCACCAUGCAUUUAUCUUUUCGGAGAUGGGUGGAAGCACAAAAAGAAGAUGGCGGAAGAUUUAUAUAGACGAUAUCGUGAAUACCAGAAGCGAAACGAUAUUCAGGAAACGGAUUCAGAUGCAGAACAUAUUAGUGAAGCUCGGUCUACUGAGUUAUGUGCGUUUAUCGGAAUUGGAGCUCCAUCUGAGCAGGAAAAACAAACACUUGAUUUCUCUAGCAACAAGGAUUAUUGUGCAGCGAAGACAUUAUAUAUUUCGGAUGCCGACAAGCGCAAAUAUUUUGAGCUAUCGGUGCAAUUCUUCUACGGGUCUGGACAUGAAAUUGGGAUUUUUUCUUCUCAACGAAUUAAAGUUAUAAGUAAACCAAGCAAAAAGAAACAAAGCAUGAAGAAUACCGAUUGCAAAUACCUUUGUAUCGCCUCUGGUACCAAAGUUGCCUUAUUCAACAGGCUUAGGUCGCAGACAGUCAGUACUCGUUACUUACAUGUUGAAGGAGGAGGGUUCCAUGCGAGUUCGACAAAGUGGGGUGCUUUUACAAUCCAUCUGAUCGAGGAUGACCCUAAUGCAGGUGAAUCUGAGGAUUUUAAUGUCAAAGAUGGCUUCAUUUACUAUGGUGCUUUAGUGAAACUCGUUGACAGUGUAUCAGGAAUUGCUUUGCCUCGUUUGAGAAUUCGUAAAGUCGAUAAACAACAUGUUGUACUGGAUGCAUCUGCAAGCGAAGAACCAGUUAGUCAGCUACACAAAUGUGCAUUUCAAAUGGUUGAUUCUGAUACAAUUUAUCUUUGUCUUUCACAUGAUAAGAUUAUCCAGCAUCAGGCUGUACCCGUCGAUGCAAAUCGACAUCAAAUUAGCGAUGGUGCAUCGUGGACUAUUAUUUCUACAGAUAAGGCCGAAUAUCGAUUUUAUGAGGCCAUGGGACCAGUACGUCAGCCAAUAACUCCAGUACCUGUUGUCAGCGGUAUGGAGCUGUAUGGCGAUGGUGAUCUUGCCCGAGUCGAUCUCAUUGGUUCAAACUUCAGGACAAAUCUCAAGAUUUGGUUUGGUACUAUACCGGUGGAUACCAUCUUCAGAUCAGAAGAAAUGAUGGGUUGUUUGGUACCUCCGUUGUCGGCGGUUUGUCCGAAUUGGGCACCGUAUUGUGGCGAACCUGCUGCAGUUCCCCUAUCGUUGGUUCGCGAUGAUGGUGUCAUUUAUUCCACAAACAUGACAUUUAGCUACAAAAGUGAAACGGCUGCGCGGUCGAUGGUGAAUCGACGGUAUUUAGAAAAUAUGACGUCAUAA